UUUGGCCCCUCGGAAAAAGUGUGACAAAGCGGUCGAAACGUCGUGGACGAGUUCGUACUGGUCAAAGUUUCGUACAGUCCAACGAUGACCUCGUGGGCCCCGGGCUUUUCGGUGGAACCGAAAAUAAAGCCGGAUCCGGAUGCGCCGACAUCUCAGGAAAACCUAGACAACCAGUGUCAAGUUCCUCACGGCGAACGUCAGGAGCCGCAAGGCGAGGAAACGAUCAUUCCCGAUGAGCUCAACAAUACUCUAGUCAUUCGGAACAACGCCUCCAUCGACGGAUAUUCGUCACCGUUCUAUGGGAAGCACGCGCCUCCUUACAGUGAAGUGAACUCGAACCUCACCAUCGUCCCGACCAACACCCAGGGCGUGCAGGAGAUAACGGAAAUUCCCAAGCACUAUCUCGAUCAGAGCACUGUGUUGAAACAUCUCGCGAAGGAGAUCCAGACCCAACCGCAAGCCAGCAACCCUGCGACGCCAGCAUCUUCAUCUCCAGCGUCGAUGCAGCCCCCAAUCGAACCGGUUCCUCCGCCCCGGAUGGCGAUGAACGUCGGACUCAUGCAGGAGGACAAUGGCAGCCGCAUAAUCUCCAUGCUGCUCUCCGAGAAUCAGGCGAUGAAAGCUGAGAUAGAAAUGUGCCACACAAAGAUCCUCCGCUUGGAACAGUUAGAGUUCGAAUUGCAAAGUCUCAAUGAAGCGCAUCACGACGCUGUGAAAGCGAACGACCGACGUGAGAAACUCGAACUUUUGCUGCGAGCGAAGUUAGAACAGGAGGUACAGAAACUGAGAGCGUCCCGGUCGCAGCAGCCCGAUACGACGGAUCUAAAGCAAGAACUCUCGAAACGGGAUGUCCUCAUUUCACAACUCCUUGGCCAAAAUAAAGAACUCAUCAGUGAGAAGGAGAGGAAAGAUAUCGAAAUUCAAGCUCAGAACGUAACGCUAGCGGAACAACGGAAGCAUAUCGAAAUACUCGACCAUGCACUGACGAAGGCUCAAGCGAAAAUCGUCCGACACGAGGAGGAGAUUCGGAAAAAAGAAUUCUACGCCGAACGGGUUCACUACCUGCAGAAAGCGAUUCAGCAGAUGCAAGUGGCGAGCGAAAGACGGCUCGAGAUGGAGAAGAAGAUGCGGUCCGAGCUGGAAAAAGACUUGCAGAGCCUAGGCCGUAAGGCGGGAGACGGCGACGACGUCCGCAAAACCAUACGGGAAUACGAGGAGAAGGUUGUGGCCCUCGAGGGCGAGGUCGCUCGUCUUGAACAGAAGUACCUCGAGGAGAGUGCUCUCCGACAGAUGGCGGUGGACGCUGCCUCGGUACCGAAAGACGCGCGCAUCGCCGCUCUUGAGAGGAACUCCUUGGAGACCGAACGCCUGAUCACGCAGGCAAGGAGCGACAAGCUUCGUCAGAUGGAUGAGCUUCACGCCGCUCAGCGGAAAUGUGCAGAACUCGAAAGUCGGCUAAAAGAUAUGGAGAGUAGACUGGCUGAGAGAGAUGCAAUGAUUCGCGUGCUACAGCACAGCAGCUCCAUUCACGCCAGAGCUGCCAGUUCCGUCGCAUUAACGCACCACAGAAGGACCGGGAGCAAAGAUGAAACGAUUCCGGACCGAGCAGCUCUCGAUGAAUCAUUGAAAGAGUUCGGAUCACGGCUAGCUAACAAGGCGGCUGUCCGUGGAACGGGACGCACCAUCCAAAACAUCGCUCAGAAGCGACCGAGUUCAGUUUCGAAGUCGACCUCAAAUCUCAAUUCUGCGGUUCCGAACGGGGACGUCAAACUGACGACGUCCGCUCCUAUCAAUGAAUCUGACACUGAGGAUAGACUGGAGCUCAGGGAAUGGUGUGUCUGAGGGAGUCCCGUACUUGUUGUCGGCUGGCCAAGGUGUCCGUGUGAGACAACGCGACACCGUAGCACGGAACGAGGACGCGGACGACGUCUGCUUCUCAGUUCAGGUUCUGUUCAA